AUGGAUGACCUUUUGAAUCUCGAGCUUUUGUCGCUCGUCUCAAAGGUCACUUCCGAAUUACAGAACCAUCUGGGCGUUUCCGACAAGACCCUCGCCGAGUUCAUCAUUGCCCAGCGAGUCGAUUCCGAAGACUACGAUGCCUUCAAGAAGAAGCUGGCCGCCCUGGGCGCCGACUUCCCGCCCAGUCUCGUCGAGAGUGUCGACCGCCUUGUGUUGACCAUGCACCCGAAGCUCAAGGGAAAGGCGCAGAAGAACGGCAACAGCAGCGAAGAACAACAUCACCAUCGCAGCGCAGAGGAGAAGGAGCAAAUCUUUAAGGGCCUUGCAGUGGCAGACAAGCCCGUCGCAUACGAUGGAAUUGGUGACGGCGGUGACGCAAUUGACGAUACACUAGCAUUACUAGAAGGGUUGGAGGGCAAGGCGAGGCAGGAGAAGCCUUCUACACGCAAGCGGAGUCGCAGCCCCGACGACGGUCGCGAGUCUAGGAGGAAACGGAGGGACCGGUCGAGGUCAAGAGACCGCAGGAAGAGAGACAAAUAUCGAUCGCGAUCGAGGUCCUUUGACGACUACGACAACGGCCCGUCUUUGAAGCAACGCAGAGGACGACGCAACUACGACGACGAGGACGACGAUCGCUUCAGGAGGGCACCGGAACCCGAGCUCGACGAUGCUCCCCAGCUACACAAAGUUUACAGCGGUCAUGUCACUGGCAUCAAGGAUUUUGGCGCCUUUGUCAACUUACACGGUGUCCGCGGCAAGGUGGACGGUCUGGUGCACAUUUCGAGGCUGGUGGAGGGACAGCGUGUGAACCACCCAUCUGACCUCUUGACGAAGGGCCAGGAAGUCAAGGUCAAGGUCGUCAAUAUCGAGGGCAACAGAAUAGGACUCUCCAUGAAAGAGGUGGAUCAAGAAACUGGCAUGGACCUCCACCCCCAGGCGAGGAUAUCCUCAGGGGCCAAUAUGGAGGCGCUGGGCGGCGGCCGGAACGGAAACAUGUUUGAUAACGAGGUGAUGCCGCCGCCACAACACCAGGCCGGACAGCGCCGGCAAAAGAAGCGCAUGACAUCCCCUGAGCGAUGGGAAAUCCGGCAGUUGAUCGCUUCCGGUGUCGCCAAGGCCUCAGACUACCCCGAUUUGGAGGAGGAUUACAACGCAACGCUGAGAGGCGACGGAGAGAUGGACCUGGAGGAGGAUGUUGAUAUUGAAGUUCGAGAGGAAGAGCCUCCGUUCUUGGCUGGCCAGACAAAGCAGUCCCUCGAGCUCUCGCCCAUCCGAGUUGUGAAAGCGCCGGACGGAUCGAUGAACCGUGCAGCCAUGUCGGGUACGGCACUGGCAAAGGAGAGAAAGGAGCUGAAGCAGCAAGAGGCGGAAGCUGCGGCAGCGGAGGAGUCCAAGGUUGAUCUGUCAGCUCAAUGGAAUGAUCCCAUGGCCGACCCCGACAAGCGCAAGUUUGCUAGCGAUCUGCGGAACGCCAAAUCCCAGAUGGGCCAGAACAAGACCGAGGCUGUCCCCGAGUGGAAACGCGCGGUGGCGCCCAAAGAUCAGUCAUUCGGCAAGCGGACGAAUUUGAGCAUCAAAGAGCAGAGAGAGUCACUCCCUGUGUACGCAUUCAGGGAAAAGUUCCUGGAUGCCGUCAGAGAUCAUCAAGUCCUAGUCGUCAUUGGAGAAACUGGCUCGGGAAAGACAACCCAGCUCACCCAGUACCUCGCGGAGGCCGGUUUCGCGAACGACGGAGUGAUUGGCUGCACGCAACCUCGACGUGUGGCUGCCAUGUCAGUUGCGAAGCGUGUGGCUGAAGAGGUUGGCACGCCGCUGGGCGAGGCGGUCGGUUACACGAUCCGUUUCGAGGACCGCACCAGCCCGGCGACGAAAAUUAAGUACAUGACAGAUGGUAUGCUUCAGCGUGAGAUCCUGGUUGACCCCGAUCUGAGGCGGUACUCGGUCAUCAUGCUUGACGAGGCUCACGAGCGUACCAUCUCCACCGACGUCUUGUUCGCGUUGUUGAAGAAGACGAUGAAGCGUCGCAAGGACCUCAAGGUCAUUGCCACUUCAGCCACGCUGGAUGCAGACAAGUUCUCAUCGUAUUUUGACGGGUGUCCGAUUUUCACCAUUCCCGGUCGAACGUUUCCCGUUGAGGUGCUUUACUCCCGCGAACCAGAGUCGGAUUAUCUCGAUGCUGCGCUGGUUACGGUCAUGCAGAUCCAUCUUACGGAGCCUCCAGGAGACAUUUUGCUCUUUUUAACGGGCCAGGAAGAAAUCGAUACGUCAUGCGAGAUUUUAUACGAGCGCAUGAAAGCAUUGGGACCUAAUGUCCCGGAACUCCUCAUCCUACCCGUAUACUCUGCGCUUCCCAACGAAAUGCAGAGUCGUAUUUUCGACCCUGCCCCUCCCGGGUGCCGAAAGGUCGUCAUCGCCACAAACAUUGCCGAAACCUCCAUUACCAUCGACAACAUUUACUUUGUCGUUGAUCCUGGCUUCGUGAAGCAGAAUGCUUACGACCCCAAGCUGGGUAUGGACUCUCUCGUUGUCACCCCGAUUUCCCAGGCGCAGGCGAAUCAGCGUGCCGGUCGUGCCGGCCGAACGGGACCCGGAAAGUGCUUCCGUCUCUAUACUGAAGCUGCCUACCAGUCCGAGAUGCUGCCGACGACCAUCCCUGAGAUCCAACGCCAGAACCUCUCACACGUUAUUCUCAUGCUCAAGGCAAUGGGCAUUAACGACCUGCUACACUUUGACUUUAUGGAUCCCCCUCCCAUCAACACCAUGCUUACGGCGCUGGAGGAACUCUACGCUCUCAGCGCGCUAGAUGAUGAAGGCCUACUAACCCGUCUGGGACGUAAAAUGGCCGACUUCCCUAUGGAACCCUCCCUGGCCAAGGUUCUUAUCAUCUCCGUCGACAUGAAAUGCUCAGCAGAGAUGCUCAUCAUCGUCGCGAUGCUCAACCUCCCCAACGUCUUUUACCGGCCAAAGGAAAAGCAGUCACAGGCAGACCAGAAGAAGGCCAAGUUCCACGAUCCGCACGGCGACCAUCUGACUCUCCUGAACGUGUACAACUCGUGGAAGCACAGCGGCUACUCGUCGCCGUGGUGCUUUGAGAACUUCAUCCAGGCGCGGUCGAUGAAGCGCGCAAAGGACGUGCACGACCAGCUUGUCAAGAUCAUGGACCGCUACCGCCACCCCGUCGUCAGCUGCGGCCGGCAUACCCAGAUCGUGAGGCAGGCGCUGUGCUCCGGAUUCUUCCGCAACGCGGCACGCAAGGAUCCCCAAGAAGGGUACAAGACGCUCAUCGAGGGCACGCCGGUGUAUCUGCAUCCCAGCUCUGCGCUAUUUGGGAAGCAGGCGGAGUGGGUGAUCUACCACACCCUGGUCCUGACGACCAAGGAGUACAUGCACUGCACGACGAGCAUCGAGCCGAAGUGGCUGGUCGAGGCGGCGCCGACGUUCUUCAAGGUGGCGCCGACGGACAGGCUGUCGAAGAGGAAGAAGGCCGAGAGGAUCCAGCCGCUGCACAACAAGUACGCCGGCGAGGACGACUGGAGGUUAAGUGCGCAGAGGAAGGCCGGACGUGGUGGUGGCGGUGGUGGUACGUGGGGUUAG